UUUCAGUGGACAACUCAACUGCCACCUACCUAUCUUCCACUAUCAAUUGGAAAUUUGGGAAGAGGAUUAUUUAUUACGAUGAUUUGCUAACCAAGCAGAGGGUGAUCAAGUCAUAUUCCCCACAUAGCUUCGUGAUUGACACGCAGGAGUCGGAUGAUGGAGUUGAUUUUGGGGGAAAAUACGAAAUCUACAUGCUCAUCUACCAUAACUGCACCACGGACCGGACUAUGAGAAAGAUGAGACAUGAAUGGGGAACAUUUGGCAUUCGUAUUGCAGAUGCUUUUUCAACGAUGAACAUUGAUGUUUUUGACAAAGGAGAGAAAGUUUGAUAUAUAAUUUCCGUGUUUUACGUUUUUUGAAUGGAAUAAAAAAAUGUUGCAAAUU